ACACACAAUUAUAAAUUAUAAGAUAUAAUGUAUAUAAUGUUAUCACAUUGCGUCAAAAAUGCGAAAUGUAUCUUAUGUGCUCGGUUCUGACUGUCACGAAAGUGCUGCUUCCGUUACAAGUUACAAGGGAUCAGCUGACCGAGUGAAACAGGAAGCACCGUUUUCAUCCGGUGAGCGAAAACAUGAAGAAAAGCAGAGGAAAAGUCAUUAGUUCCAAUGAGAAAGAAUUUUUGUUUGAGUUCAGGGCUGGAAAACACGACUGCAUCCUCAAAGUCCCACUGACAUUCCCUGUUCAGGAAAACAUAAAUGACCUCCAUGGACGACUGAUGUUGCUGCACAGAAUACCCUGCUAUAUAGAAAACGAGCUCAAAGACUCGCUAUCCUCGUUCAUUGAAGAGGAGACAAUCAAAGAUUUUGACAGAGAGGCAGAACUGGCACUUCAGAGACUCACAGCUGGAGAUCUAGAUGUGAACAAGCUCACCAACACUUGGGCUAGGUGUUAUACUGAGACUACACUGGAGCAUGCCCGGCCUGAAGAACCUACCUGGGAUGAGGACUUUGCUGAUGUUUACCAUGAGUUGAUCCACUCCCCUGCUUCGGAUACUCUACUGAACUUGGAGCACAACUAUUUUGUGAGCAUCUCUGAGCUCAUCAGCGAAAGAGACAUGGAGAUCAAAAAGCUCCAGGAAAGACAAGCAUUGGAAAUGGACAAAGUGAUGAAUGAGCUGGGGAAUACUCUGAGUGACCAGGAUGUGAAUGCAGUUGCCUCUCAGCACUUUGAUGCCCAACAGGUCUUGGAGAACAAGUGGGCGAGUGAACUGAAGCAGGUCACGACCAUUCAAAAGCAAGAAUAUCAGGAGUGGGUCAUCAAACUCCACCAGGACCUACAGAAAUCCAACAGCAACGAGAUAAAUGAAGAGAUUAAAGUGCAGCCCAGUCAGCUGUCGGAGCCCACUGAUUCUGGAGCCAGGAUUUUUGAGGAGCAGCCUCAGCUGGAGGAGAGCUUCACUAUCCACUUAGGAGCCCAGCUGAAGACGAUGCACAACCUGCGACUGGUUCGUGCAGAUGUGCUGGACUUCUGUAAACAUCGGCGUUAUGGCAGCAGUGGUGCAAAGCUGAAGCGGCUGCAGACAGCUCUGUCACUUUACUCCUCUUCCCUUUGUGGUCUGGUCUUACUGGUGGACAACAGGAUUAACUCCUACAGUGGCAUCAAGAGAGAUUUUGCAACUGUGGCUAAGGAAUGUACAGACUUCCACUUCCCCAGUCUGGAGGAGCAGUUGGAGGAGGUGCAGCAGGUGGUGUACUACGCCAGAGCUCAGAGGAACAGCAAGCAGAAGGAGCAGCUCGAUAUUCCGAAGAAUGGUGGUGAUGACAAGAGCAAGAAUGUUGAAAGGAAUCCAUCAAACAUUUUACCAGGGGAGUUUUACAUCUCUCGGCACUCCAACCUGUCAGAGGCCCAUGUCGUCUUCCACCUGUGUGUAGACGACAAUCUGCGCUCAGGGAACAUCACAGCGAGGGACCCAGCCAUCAUGGGAUUAAGAAACAUUUUAAAAGUCUGCUGCACGCAUGACAUCACCAACAUCACGGUCCCUCUACUGCUGGUUCAUGACAUGUCUGAGGAAAUGACCAUACCGUGGUGCCUGAAGAGAGCUGAACUUGUGUUCAAGUGUGUUAAAGGUUUCAUGAUGGAGAUGGCGUCGUGGGAUGGAGGCAUAUCACGCACAGUUCAGUUCCUCGUGCCAAAGAGCAUAUCAGAGGAUAUGUUCUAUCAGUUAAGCAACAUGCUGCCUCAGAUCUUCCGUGUCUCCUCCACCUUAACUCUCACCUCAAAGGAGUGACAGAACAGACUGAAUCCUCACGACUCGUCGGCGAUGCGGAGCCUCGUAUGCUGCCAAUGUGAAAAUGACAGGAGAUUAAUGGAGGCGGGAUUAAGAAGAGUCCCACGUUCACUUGUUUGGAUGUUGCAGGAACGUUCUGGCACUCAGAGGAGCAUUUCCCUCCAUCAGCUGUGGGAAUUUAUUUUUCUGUUAUGGGUUUAUAAAGUUGUAUGUGAUCCUGUUCUCUAAUCUGCGUGGCUGUCCUCACUUGAACACCUAAGAGGUAAAAGGGAAAGAAUUUACUGCGACUUCAUUAUCAUUCCUUUAUAGACCUUGUGACGCUUCAGUUUCGCGGCUCACAAGCCUGAGAUGACAGCUGGUUGUUUCAUCUCCUGAGAAGGAAUUGGAUCAAUGCAGGGAUGAGAAAUGAUGUGCUACACAUGAAUCCAUGUUUAUGUUAUUUAAUGUAUCACAAUUUGAGUGUUAGUAAUGUAUUAAAUACAUGUUGGUCAGUAUUAUGCGGUGUUGUGUAAUAAACAUGAUUUUAGCGAAUGUUUGAAAUAAUUACAAUGUAAUGCAGUAGCGAUUUAAUGCUAAUAUCUUUAGUAUUAUAUAACAUUUGCAACAAUUCCAAAGUCGCACACUUGUACUUGCACACAAAUAUAGACUUGAGUUUGACCAGCUAUACAAAAAGCUAAAGACUCAGUAAACGUAAUAAACCAUAAUGAUAAAGAGUAGAGAGCCAUUUGAAAUAAGGACGUUUUCGGCUGAUGUCAGUCAAAUAUUUGUCACCCAUUUCACUUUUGUUUCGAGAGGAAGAUUACGACUGCCAUUAGGGAUCAUCAGGCGUCCAUUUUGCCAGAGCUCUCUGAGGUAUUUAUUUGACUGUCAGAUGACUGAGCUCUUCACUGUCUCUAAAUGAAUUGCCACUCUCCUAAAAGAACCCAUUUGGGUAAUGUGUCGUUUUGGAUAAUGGCCAGCGCUGCAGUCAAAGAAACAAGAGGAAGAAGAAGGGCCUUUGACAAGUCGUGGUUCGGCAAGCAGCGAACCAGGAUAAUGUCUGUGGUGGGAAUGUGCCCACAUAUAGGUCUGGUACCUAAGUGAAGUAAGGUACCGUUACUUCACUCAAUCGAUUAGCUGUGAGAUUUACUACUGAAAUACCGGUAUGUUUAAAUAGACUUUCAGUGGUGUGAGAUGGCAUGAGUUACUUCACAUUUCAUCAUCAUCUACAUGUAGUUUGGGUAUGAUUUUUAGAUUUUUUAUGUUUUUUUUUCUCCUUUUUUUUUUUUUUUAAUAAACUGACUCUGAUCUUAUACACAGUCCUGCCUGAAGAACAAACAAUACUGCUUAUGAACCCAAAAAAUGAUAAAUAAGAUUCAGUAGCGCUGAUGAGAGGGAGAGUGGGGGGAAAUAAAGCUAUUAAGUUGAGAGGGUGUUUUUUUUUUUUUUUUAUUAUUGUAACAACUUUUAAUGUAACUGAUCACUUAACUAAGUUCACCACCAGUGUGUUUUGAAAGAUUUACCAUCCAAGUGUUGCUUUUUGGACUCUGAGCGUAUAAUCUGUUGAUGGGCUAUCCACAUGCACUUAAUCUCUGCAAGAUUAAACAUACACGCAGUUCGUUUUAAAUACUGUAUGAGCCAUUUAAAACUGACUGAACUCAAUUCAGCCUGACAUAAAGCUCACCAGCAGAUUAUUAAAAGUGUCCUGCAGUCGCCUUCUCUUAUGCCGUGAUACUUAAGACGGCCAGUGGCUCCGUCACAGAUUUCUCCACGGCUUCAUGUUGCAGUCGACACUGUUUAUAUGAAGCUGCCAAGCUGGGAAGCCACAAAACUGUUAAGGCUAUGUUUUGCUGAGUGGUUAGCAUUCUUGGAAUUGGUCCCAGUGGCCAGGAGUGUUGGGUUUCCUUGUAGAGAGUGUGCACGUUUUACAUUUAAAAGCCCUGCCCAACUUUGAGGAACGCCACCCCCGGUUGCCGUUUUUUACCCAAGAAAUGAGCAGUUUGUUCUUGUUUUGAUCCGAGGGCUGAACAUGUGAGAACAGGAGCUGAAUAUUUAUGAUGAAAAAAGGCUUCAUCAUUGAUGUUGUCUAGAGAACUGCCAUGAAAAUGACUGUCAUGUAUUUAUUACUGUCAAGUCAUUUAUACGCAAGGCGUGGGAUCUGACUGAAAGACGUGAUGUGACCAUCUCAGGGGUUCUUUAAAUUAACUCGAAAUGUUGCGUGGUAAUGGAAUUUAAACAUAAAAGAUGCUUGGCUGCUGAACUUUUAUGAGUGGAAUAAAUGUCAUCAUCUCAACAGCUAUUGUUGCUGUCAAAUACAGUAUGUCUUCACUAAUUUUAUGUGUUGAUAAGUAUAUAAUAACAUUAAAAAUAAUGCAAUGUGCUGUUAUUUUUUUGUUGCUGUUGUUGUAUUAUGUCACAAAAUUGGUAGCAACCCUGAAAAAAUAUAGAAAAAAGUCAUGAUGAAAAGAAUAAAGAAA